CAGAUAAAUUCUCAGUCCACCGCCAAGCAAAAUGCAACCAGUUAUUCUCCUCACUUUUCUGUUGAGUUGGUCGUCCCAAGGGAUACAGCCACUCGAGCAAAUGCGUAACUCGUUGGUAAAGUCAAAUACAACUGCAACUGCAUUCGAUAAACUUUGGAUAAACAAAUCUACACCGAUUUCACAAUAUGAGAAGUAUAAUGAAACUUUGACGGUAUUCAAUGCAAUUGCAACAAAUUUAACCAAAGCGAAUUUAACAACAACGUUGAACCAGACAACAAUUUUGACCAAGAUAAUACCAACAUCAAAGCCGCUAAAUUCAAGUAUUGAAGCCACAACAAUUGGCAAUGAUCCUCGACCACUUGAAAUCGGAACAAGAUUAAGCGCCAAACUAUUAAGAAUACUCACACGCUAAACUUGCGUUUUGAAUACUUCUGCUUUAGUAAUAAGAUAAUCCGAAUGUUAUUUAUGUAUCUAUAUUUAAGCUGAAUCUAUCUCCAAUAUACAUCAUUUCGAAUUUAUUCGAUAUAUG